GCACAAAGACAAGCCUCUCCUUGCUAACCGCAAAUGUCAGUUGGCCCAGAACACUGAGAACACUGCCGGAGGGCGGCAAUGGCGUUCUGUGUUACACCAAAUGCCUGCCGCUCCGCUUGUCCCACCGUACGGAGGUCUUAACAUGUAUUCUAUAUCGCCGGGCUUACCGCCAUGUAAGCUAGCUGUAGUCGCAAACCAACCCUGCGCGGACCCAGCCUCCUGCUUCAGUGCAUCUCUAUCAUGCUCGUCGUCGCAAACGGCAACAAGCCCCGAUUCUAUUUUCCCGCGUCGAAGGGGACUCCAAACUGCGGGCGGUCUUCCACGAACGGGGGCGGCUGACAGGGAAGAACCCUGUGGAGAGCGAUUAGCGACCUGGUCCCUGGACCGUCUGAUAGCUAGGCUCGCUCUGGUAUAGCCCGGGCUGGGGAGCGUAGGCGAUUGGCACGUUUUCGACUUUUUGGCCUGGCGUUUGAG